AUGCACCCGUUCAAUCUGCAGGGCGCGUACUCCCGCCCUGGGGAGCUCUGGGAGCGCGCCAAGGGGCAGGACGGGACCCAUGAGGGCUGGUACAAGGGGGCGGUCGAGUACUGGGACAAGCAGGAGGCCUCCUAUAAUGGCGUCCUCGGCGGCUUCGGCCACGUCAGCAGCUUCGACAUUGGCGACAGCCGGGAGAUGCUCCGGAAGGUCAGGUCGCGUCCCGGGCAGCACCGCGACCCAACUUCUGCGUCGCCGCCUGGCGCCCAUGAAUCGCAGGUCUUCAAGACCCACCUCAAAGCAGCGGCAGGCGGCAAGCGCAAGCUCACGGCAGUGGACUGCGGCGCUGGCGUGGGCCGCGUGACGCAGGAGCUGCUGCUGCACCACUUCCACAUGGUGGACCUGCUGGAGCCCUCGCAGCACCUGCUGAAAAAGGCCCAGAAGAGCCUAAAGCUGGCAGUGGCGGGCAAGAACUACCCGGAGGGCCACGCGACGGGGGAGUUCCUGUGCAAGGGGCUGCAGCAGUUUGAGCCGGUGGCGGGGCGGUACGACUGCAUCUGGAUCCAAUGGUGCCUGCUGUACCUCACAGACCGUGAGCAUGGGCCCGCGUUUGGUUGA